GUCCAAGUUUAAGAAACGAAGAGAAAAUAAAAACACAAAGAGAAAGAGAUUUUGCUUUGCUGCCAUCCGUUCCUCAAACUCCAAACCUUCUUCUCCUUUCUCUACUGAACCAAACCAAAAACAAAAAGAUAGUUUAGAAUUUAGAUCUCACCUGUUUUAUUACCUUGUUUUCGAAUACACGUAACAUUCGUGUUUCUCCCAAUUUGUGUGUGGCGUCAAUCGUGUUACAGUGACGUGAUGCCAUCUUAGGGUUUUUGAUUUGCGAUGGGUCUUGGAAACGAUGACGAUGAUGGAGACACGAAGAAGUCCUUUGGUUCAGUGGCUUGUUCGAUUUGCCUUGAGUUUGUUUCGGAUAACGGGGAUAGAUCCUGGGCCAAGCUUCAAUGCGGACAUGAAUUUCAUCUUGACUGCAUUGGCUCGCACUUCAAUGUAAAGGGGGCAAUGCAGUGCCCCAAUUGUCGUAAGAUUGAGAAAGGUCAGUGGCUUUAUGCUAAUGGUGGUCGAUCAUAUCCAGAAUUUAGCAUGGACGAAUGGUCUCAAGAUGAGGAUCUGUAUGAUGUUAGCUACUCUGAAAUGUCCUUUGGCGUUCACUGGUGCCCAUUUGGAAACUUGACCCGGCUUCCUUCAUCUUUCGAGGAAGGGGAUUUUUCAUCAACUGCAUAUCCUGAUAUGCUGGGACAUCAAGCUAUAUUUGCUGAACAUGCAGCAGCUGUAUCAUCUUCUAGUCAUCCUUGCCCAUAUAUUGCCUACUUUGGACCAAUACAUCCCUCCACUUCCAACUCUGGUGGAACAGUUUCCGAAGCUUCUAAUUUCAGCCACUGGAAUGGUGUACCUGGUGACAUGCCAACCUCCUACACAUUUCCUGCUGUUGAUCUUCAUUAUCACAGUUGGGAUCACAAUUCCUCUCAUUUUUCUUCUGCCAGCAGCCGUCUAGGCACCACAGAUCAGAUCUCAGUAUCACCUGGUAGUCAAAGGCCAGCCAGGGGUGUUUCAGAGGUCCCCAGAUCCGGAUCUUUUAUGCAUCCCUUCCUUGUUGGUCACAGUUCUGCUGCUAGGGCUGGGAACACUGUUCCAUCUUCAAUGAUCCCUCCUUAUCCUGGUAGCAAUGCUCGGGCCCGUGAUAGAGUUCAGGCUCUUCAAGCAUACUAUCAACCUCAGAGACAUCAUAAUUCUGCCUCAGUACGGACACCUGUUGCUUCUAGCACUCGAAGAUCCAGUAGUCAUAGUGGGUCAGUUCACUUACCACCAGUGGCCUCGUCACCGGACCAAAGUAGUGGCUUCGUUUAUAUCCCAGGUUCUUCAGCACACAAUUUUCCAGAAGAAACUCAUCUACAUAGUCGCUUCCAUGCUUGGGAAAGAGAUCAUUUGCCUUCAUUGGCAUUAAACCAUGUUGGUAGAGAAUCAAGUUGGCGAGCAUACCACCAGACUGCCAGUGUGUCAGACCCAAGUAUCAGAUCCAGCAGCUUUCGAUUACGGCAUGAAUCGGAAAGAAUGCCUUCACAAAAUCGGUGAUAUACUUUUUUUAUGUCAAAUGACAUCUAUUGUGGGAAAUCAAAAUUUAUGUUUGCUUGAGAAACAUUACAUAAUGCUUUUAGCCUGGCUGGCAUGUUAUGACAGACUAUAUACUCUGGCUAGCCUUGGAAUUCAUGUUUCUGGCAGCCAUGUGGCAGUUUGAUGGACAUUGGUCUCCUCUAGUUUCUCUGCCUAGGAGGGCAUAAAAUAAGAUCAUAUUUAGCUGGCAAAUUAGGUUUUGGAAGAAAUACUGGUGCAUUGUCAUCUCAAGUGAUGAAUUAGUAAUGAGAGCAUUUGUGGUUGGAUUA